AAAUAGUUGAAUUGCCUAAUGUUAAGUAGCUUGUUAUUUUUGUAUAUAAAGAGAAAACCAAUAAGUGUUAAUUAAUAACAACAUUUAUUUGAUAUUCGAAAAACAUUGAAACAUAUUUAGGGAGGAUUAUGCAUAUAUAUCUAUUUAUUGAGUCCAUCAAAUUGGAAAGGAACCUUUGUAAAAAAUAGCGCAAUGUCUUCAUCGAAUUGGUUGUAUCAAGCAAGUUAUGAUAGCGCAAUGGAUUUGUCUGGUGAUGAGUUAACUACUCAAGACGAGUUCAUAAGAAUUGAGGUUCGCAAUCCAAGGACACACCUCAACAAGACAAAAGCCUUAUAUACUGACUAUGAAAUUUACGUUCAAACAAACAGCAUUGCCUUUUCAAAAUCCAACUCGAGUGUUCGAAGAAGAUAUUCUGACUUUCAAUGGCUACACAAAAGAUUGUCAGCUCAGUUCUUUCUUGAAAGAAGCUUACCGGAACUUCCUCCGAAGCGUUUAUUAGGAAGAUUUAAACGGCAAUUUUUAAAGUACAGAAAAAGAGGUCUUCAAAGAUUUUUAGAAAAUAUUGCCAAAGAAAGCGCAUACCUUUCUGAUAUUUCAGUUCAUUUGUUUCUUCAAACUGACCUUCCUGUAAACGAAAUUGAGCGAUGUUUGGGCGGAACAGAAAGUUGUGGAGAACUUGUGGAUGUUUUACAAAAUGACAGGAGACACUUUCAAAAUGUAAAGACUUGCGAUAAACAACACGAUGAUUACUGCGAGUGCGAAGUUAAUUUUGACUUCGAUAGUGGGUUUUCAUACAGUACAACGGGGUCGAUAAAUGAUAUAACAUCUGUUCAACCGUCCCAUGAAAGUUUUCAGUUUUUUAAUUCAAAAAAACUCAAUGAUAAUAACAUUCGUUCUUGUCUCAAAGCCGACAUGACUCAUGAAGUUGUUCAAAAACUUGGUCAAACAGCACAUAAAUUUUCCUUAUUUCCUGAAGACGAUGGAAAUAUCGAUUACGACGCUGACAACGAGGUGGAUGAAACACCGGAUACUAAAACUUCUCCUUUUUUAGACAUUAAUGACGAUUUAUUUAUAUUUGAAAAGAACUUGGGACAAGAAUAUUCGUUAGAUCGUGCCGUUGAACUGAUACAAAAAAGAACAAAACCAUCGGAAAGAUUUUUUGCUCCUGAUUUAGAUAGUGACGAUUGCUUUGAUAUAUCAGAGUAUGACAUCAUAGAAUCUGAUAGCGAUAGUAGGUUUUUAAACAAUUUUAUAGAACGUAUUUCUCAACCUUACGCGGAAUCAAAAGUUUAUUCUAAUAACUCCGUUAGAAGUUCACUUAGUGAAAAAGACGAAUCUCAACCGAAAAAAAAUAAAUUUAUCAUAGCUAAAGUCCGCUCUUUGCCUAAAUUGAGAUUUCCAAUGAAACACGUUGAAAGAAAUAAACUAACUAGUAGAAAAUUGACUUCGGAUUGUAGCAGAUUAAACAAAAUCAAUCGCGAUUCAAAAAACUUUGACAACGCUCUUUUAAAACAUUUUUAUAAUGGUAUCUCCACACCUAGAACUGAACCAACACUAUCUAACACUGGUCUGCUAAGCUCGGAUGACUAUUUAACAACAAUUCACACUGUUACUAGUAAAGAUAGCCACUUGGAUACACUCUCUGGUGAUGUGCCCCCAUCGCAAUUUUAUAAUUGUUCAAAGAGAAGAAAGAAGCGUGCGAUUGGGUUAACUUCAAAUAGUUUAAAAAAUAAAGGAAGACAGUGUGGUAGAUUCAGUGUAAGUGCUGUCAAACCCUAUUUAUCUAGUUUGUUUGAAAGUAAUGAGCAAACACAUUGGAAUUAUGAAAAGUCAAACCUGUUGAAAAAAAUGAAUAAAUUUUCAUCAACUGAUAUCUUUAAAUGUACUUUAAAUCCUAAAAACCCAAACGACUCGCAAUUAUUGCAGACAUACGAUAUUUUAUAAUUUUUUUUUUUUCCUGCUAAAUAUUUAUACGUCUUUGUAAAUACGUCAUCAUCAUUAUAUUAAAGCGCGCGAAAAGUUAAUUUAUUUAAAGCUUAAACAUCAAAAAAAUAAAUCAUGUUAAUAAUACCAAAAAAGUUUUCUUAAAAAAAUUACCUUAAAACUAUUACUACUACCAUUACUAUAUUGUCGACAAUAAUUAAAUUAAAUGUUACAAUGACUUUGCUUUUUAGGUUUCUUUAAGAAAUUGAGUUACUAGAAAAACUUAUUUUUUGUAUGGCAGGCCAUACAAUACUGUUGUGCAGUUUUCAUAAGUUUUUUUUUAAAUUUCAGUAUAUUUUUGCAAAAGUUUGUAAUUAGAUCAAAUAAAUUAUGUUUUAUUA